GUGAACAAACAUGUAGAAAGCAUAUUUCUACAAGCGCUUGAUGAAGAGAACAAUUUGGUCAAAGCUGUCGCAACUAUUCUUCAUACGAAACAGACACUUGGCUAUCUGAACUUUGAUAUAUCUCCCACAAAUGAGGCAUUCAAGAAAAAUCUAGAGCGACUCCUGAAAGUAUCCGAUCGAUGGUGUGUUGUUCAAACUCCACUCUUGGCCGAAUACUUGGGUGAGAAUGUUCUGAACUCGGUGACCCAUGAUGUUUCACCGAAACGGGACCAAACAAGCAUCAAACGGCCACAUCCCUCUUCCACGUAUCGAAAACGAACGACACGCGUAUUGGGGUUUCGACCUCGUGGAAAGCCGGAAUCGGUGACAGUAAAGGAAGCGUACUUGGAAAAACUCAAAGAUGAAUGUCAGCGUAAGCGUGUGCAUGUACCGAUCCCUGGCCGAAGCUUUGCGCGUCAGGACGAAACCGACGAUGCAGCUCAUUCGGACGGUAGUGGUUUCAUGGGUAGUUCAACAAUCCAUCGCCGAGAUUCCCUUCUCACAACGAAUCGUAAAACAGCCAUACCGCAAACAUGGAAUCGCUCUUCAGAUUCAUCAGUACGAAAACCACCGGCAUCAUCUACGCCACAUCCUUCAUCCUGGUCCCGUACAGGUGCUGAUCUCCCGGAACGUACAAGCGAUAGCCGUCCUAUCCCCCUCGCGGAGCGACUUGCUGCACGGACUUCGGCCGCCGCUAACUGCCGAAAAGCUUCCGGAAUUAAGCUGCUCGAUUUCGAUCAGCUUCCGGCCUUUGGACCGAAAGCAAAACAAUUACGCAAAGAACAAAUGGAAAAAGAACGGGAGAUGAAAAAACUAGAGAAAGAAGAACGUUUGAAAGAGCAACGAGCCGCUCGAGAGGCGGCCAAACUGGCUCGACAAUCCGAACGCCAGGCUCAAAUGGAGGCGCGUCGACACAACACAUCGACUACAUGGAACGCUGUUCCACCUCCGACUACGGCUGACGUUUUAAUGCCUCACGCCGGUGAGAAUGAUACCGGAUUAAAUCAUGAGAAAGCAGUGGCGGAUAUGAACAUCGACAAAAAUCACCACUGUCUGUCUGAUACCGCGGCGAUAGGCGAUCAUCGUCUACCGACCGGUGCUUCUCAGGCGGUGUCGCAGAAGCCUUUUGGUUUGACCCCUGCGUCCAAUGCGGGUAAUUUUAUGGUGCGUCAUCCAUUGCUCGGUUUCAAUCCUUCCGCUCGAAUGAGCAUCCAUGGCAACGAUAUGACAUCAUCAGUAUCAUCAAGUAUCCAGUCUGGUUUCUCGAGCAGUUAUUCGUCUACCACAACCACCAGUAGCAGCUUUGCUCCACCAAACAGCUAUACACUUCAGUCUAACUCUCAACUGGUUGAUAUGCCUGAUGAAACUCAUGUGGCUCAUUCGAAUGCUUCCACGCAUCUGCUGUCUGAGCCACCACGACAGUCACAACCACAGGUACAGUCGCAACCGCCACAAUCCCAAACGCAGCUAGUCCAUCGAGCACAAUCGCAGCAACAUCAGGCCACUCCGAUCCUAAUAACAAGCAGCACUAAUCCAACCACACCGCAUCGGGUGAUUGCUCCACGACUAGCUGGCGUGCCCACAAUCAAGGUUGUUAGUGGCCCACAUCCGAAUCCACUAAUUCGGAUCGAAACGGCAAUGGCGGCAGCAGCAGCAACAACAAAAACAACAACAAUAGCUCCUCCACGUGCUCUGUCGGGGAUGCUAAUCACAUGCCGAAUCAAAACUGCCAGUCUUCCGUAA